UGUUUUUGUUGAAAAAAAGGAAAAGGGACUGACCAGACAAGUGUUUGUUCAUUCCUUGUCUUUCGCACACUCCUCCUCCCCUAAAUCAAUCUCAUUCCUCUUCCUCCUCUCCCUUCCUUUCCCUCUUCCAAGCUCAAUCCUUUUUCCAUCUCCCUAACAUUCCUUUUUUUUCCAUUUUUCUUUCUUGUUUUUUCAUUCCACACCACACUCCAUUUCCAACAAUUUUAUCUUUCAUUUUGGGUUUGGAUGAUGGAUCGAAAGGGACAAAAAACAACUAACUUCAAAAAGAAAAUGGUGUCAAAGAGUCUCUGAUGACGGUGUUGCCACUGAUUCAUAUAAUGAAGGAGUAGUUGGUAACAACAUAUGGGAAGUUGGGUUAUGGUCAUGUCGCAUUUUUCUUCAUUCUCCUCCUCCUCAUCCUCCUCAUCGUCAUCAUCAUCAUCAUCGAGCUCCUUGGAUCUCGAUGUAUUGGUUGCUGUUGUAGAUGAAUGUGGGUCCCAAUUGCGUCUGCGAUUGGCAUUGGAUCCCUACUCCAUGGCUCGCCAGACCCUUCCCGCUUACCUUCCAUUCGGAGUUCUUUGAUUGGAUUCCGAGAAAAACCCUCCUCUCUCUUCUUUUCUUCUUCUUCUCCUCCUUAUUCUUCUUCUUCUUCUUCCUCCUCCCUGUAGCUCUUUGGUUAUACUUGUUCACGGGAAUGAAUUCCGGUCCUGGCUCUCCAUUGCCUCAUUCUACAAAUGAAUUCAAAACCAACACUUUCUUGUUUGGAAAACCAGAGCUUUCUCCUGAUUUGGAGACCCACUAUGUGGAAAAAGACCCAAAAAAACGUUAUGUUCGGUACAAUGAAAUCUUGGGAAAGGGUGCAUUCAAGACUGUCUACAAGGCAUUUGACGAGCUUGACGGAAUUGAAGUUGCCUGGAACCGGGUGAGGAUUGAUGAUGUAAUGCAGUCACCAGAAGAUUUGGAAAAAUUGUAUUCGGAGGUUCAUCUUCUUAGAUCAUUGAAACAUGAAAGUAUUGUUAAAUGUUACGAUUCGUGGAUUGAUUAUGAGAAGAAGACUGUUAACAUGAUUACUGAGCUCUUCACAUCUGGGAGUCUGAGGCAAUAUCGUAAGAAGCAUAAAAAUGUUGAUUUGAAGGCUAUAAAGAAUUGGGCAGGGCAGAUUCUUCGAGGUUUAUACCAUCUUCACAGUCAGAACCCGCCUAUUAUCCACAGGGACUUGAAAUGCGACAAUAUUUUUGUUAAUGGAAAUCAUGGAGAAGUUAAAAUUGGAGAUCUUGGGUUGGCAACUGUAAUGCAACGGCCUACAGCUAAGAGUGUUAUUGGAACUCCUGAAUUCAUGGCUCCUGAGCUUUAUGAAGAGGAAUAUAAUGAACUAGCUGACAUAUAUUCUUUUGGGAUGUGUAUGUUGGAAAUGGUUACUUUUGAAUAUCCUUAUAGCGAGUGCAAGAAUCCAGCGCAAAUCUUUAAGAAGGUUACCUCUGGCAUUAAACCUGCCUCCCUUGACAAGGUGAAUGAUCCUGAAGUGAAGAAAUUCAUUGAGAAAUGCCUAGUUCCAGCAUCUAAAAGAUUGCCCGCUAAGGAGCUUCUUAAAGAUCCAUUUCUUCAACUAGGGAAUCUGAAGGACCCUAUUCGUGAUCCCUUACAGUUACCAUCCCCAUCUCCAAGACCAUUAAAUUUAUUGAAUUCGGGGCCUCUUUCCAUGGAUAUAGAUCCCGAGUAUAACCAGUCUGUAUGUACAGACUCCAACAGUGGAAGUCCACAUUCUCCUUUUCUGGAAUUACAGAGGAUGCAUCAUAAUAAUGAUUUUAGGUUGAGGGGUAAGAAAAAUGAUGACAACUCGAUAUCAUUGACAUUGCGAAUUGCCGACUCAUGUGGCAGGGUAAGGAAUAUUCACUUUGAUUUCUACCUUGAUACUGACACUGCACUCUCAGUCGCGGGAGAGAUGGUUGAACAACUCGAGCUAGCAGAUCAUGACGUGGCUUUCAUUGCUGAGUUUAUUGAUUACUUAUUAAUGAGAAUUUCACCUGGUUGGAAAGCCUCAUCAGAUUAUAACUUGACUGGAGUGACAAGUGCAUAUGGAGCAGGGUCUCCAGUAGCUGCAAAUGAUAUAAACUCAUUUGCGAAUCCAUGGGAUACAGUGCUAACAAGUAUUCCUGCCAAAUCAGGGAUUGAGAAAGAUGUACUCUCUGAGUUAAAGACAAGUCCUCAACAAGUUUAUGUACAAGCUGAUGAAGGUACCUCACAUAGCAACUCUAAUUGUGUUACUCAUGUUGAAAUCAAUACUCCUCAAAGUUUUACAAAUUCGGAAGAUAAAGAGUCACAAGCAUCAGUUGCUUCUUCUGAGGUAAUGGCCGAGGUUGUUUCUACCAAAAAUGAUAAUACAGCUGAAUGUGUUGAUUUUGUUAUUGAUGAAAGCUCUAAAGGUUUGUGUGAGUGGGUUUCUCAGGUGGAGUUCAGAGACCACCUGUACUAUGACGAGUUUAAAAUGCAGGAAAAUAGUAGCAGUGCUGUAGAAUGUAAAGCAAUGAAUGAAUUUGCAAAGAGCUCGGAAUUGUCUGUCAUUGAUGUAUCUGAAGUUUCUAAGGUAAUGAGCUUGACAAGCAGCAGUUCAUCUUUGUCCUCAUCAGACAAAGAUCAACAUCUUGAGCUGAAGUCGGAGCUUGACACAAUUGAAGAACAGUACCAGCAAUGGUUCCAAGAACUCUCAAGGAUGAGGGAGGAGACAUUGGAGGCCACCAGGAAGAAAUGGAUAGUAAAAAAGAAGCCGGUUGUUUAUUAAUUAGUAGUGUUCACAUAUAUUUUCAGGUGUUCGAUUUGCUUAUUCGUUUACAAUUUCCACUGAUAUUAUAUAUAUCUAUAUAUAUGUGGGCUAUGGUCAUAUUAUUUGGGACAACCUAUAUUUUUGUGGAACACGAUCUCUCUGGACACCUUUUUGUAUAUAGGGGAGAAAGGUUAUGUUGUUUUUGUGUAUAUAGGUUGACCAGUUUUGAACAGCUGGAUUGAUCUUGUAUUCCUUAUUAUUAUUAUUAUUGUUAAAGAAAAA